GCAAACGCCGUCUCCCACAUGGGGACGAACAGGCAGCGAGCUGUGAGGGCUAACGUCACUGGCCGGAUGAAGGCGGGGAAAGAGUGAGAGAUGAGCUUCCCGGGAGUUGUACAGCUACAACUUCCCGCAUUUGGACCGAACACAUUGCUGAAUGCGCUGGCUCAAGCCACUUGUUCCAUUACAACUUAGGGCUCGAUAGCGAGAAGUAGCAGCAAUGAAUUCCACUCUCGUGAAUCAGACUGAGAGCGCCGUGUACUUUAACGGAACCGACUCUUUGAACUCGGUGGUCAGAUGCUGUAACGAUAACCUUUCUUCGGUGCUAGCAGACGAUGACUUUGUGCUGACUGCUCCGGAUGAGAGAAACCUCUACAUCAUGAGGGUGGUCCAGAUUGCAGUGAUGUGCGUCUUAUCGCUCACCGUUGUCUUUGGGAUAUUUUUCCUCGGUUGCAAUCUGCUGAUCAAAUCAGAAGGGAUGGUAAACUUCUUGGUCAAGGACAGGAGACCUUCCAAGGAGGUGGAAGCGGUCAUUGCUGGCCCUUAUUAAAGAGGCGAGCACCAAAAGUCGUGGCAUCGUAUCAGGUUCCUGAAAACGGCUGUGCCAUUAACUCCAGUAGACAUGUCCUGCACCGAACCCAGAGAAAUGGAGGGAUCUUUGUGCAAGUCAGUAUUUUAGACGUGGAAUGAGGAAGCCAGGCUGGUGGGAUUGCUCCCAGCUGUUGUCCGGGUAACACUGGACUUUGAAACGUGACGGCAAAAUCUUGAAUCUUUUUGGUGGUGAUCUCUCAGACAUGGACAAAAACCUUGUCUGAAAUGAUUUGCCAAUUGUUUCCCGUGGCCAAAGCAGAUUUAUUUUGAAGAAUGUACAGGAAUAAUUGCACAAGUGAAAUAAGAACCGAUCAAACAUUGCGACGUGGAACGACUUUUCCAACUGUUCACUUCUAAAUGUAAUCUGUUGUGCUCUGCUUUCUUUUCACUCGCAUUUAUCUUUAAUUUUCUUUAUUUAAAAUCAGUUGUUUAGCUUGACGUCCUUCGCUUACAGUAUUUCUACAAACCAUUUCGUUAGAUAUUUUCUGAAAAUACGUGCGAAGUCAAAUUGCAUUUUCAUGUUGUUUGUAUAUAAAAAAAAUACAAAACCUCAAGAACUGCGGAUUGUCAUUACAGUCGCUAAACCUUUGACAAUUACUAUCCACGGAUACCAAACGUGUUAUGAAAAAUAUCCAAUUUUGUUUCGUAUUUCAAAAUAUUAUUAAAAUGUACACAUUUGUUC